GGAAGCAGAGGCAAGGUCGAUAUCAGUGAGCGGAAGGCCAGCAUGGUCUCCACGAAUCUGCUGACAUUCAGGGAUGUGUCUGUGGACUUCUCCCGGGAGGAGUGGGAAUGCCUGGACUCUGCUCAGAGGGCUUUGUACAUUGAUGUGAUGAUGGAGAAUUACAGCAACCUCCUCUCUGUGGAGAACUAUUACAUACAUGAUCGUGUCCAUCACCAUGUGAAGACUGAAAAGGAGUCUUGUCAGUGUGAUGAGCUUGACAAAGUGCUUCAUGACCCCUCCACAUGUGCACUUCAUAGAACAAGUGAAUCUACAGAAAACUCUAAUAACUACACAUGCAGUAGUCACAGGGAUGCCUCUGUUGACUCAUCAAACCCAGACAGACAUGAAAGCAUGCGCACUGGAGAAGAACCUUGUCAAUCUAAAGACUGUGAGAAAUCUGUAAAUUUGUGUUCCAACAUUACUCAAGAUCACAGAGUCUACACUGCAGAGAAAGAACACAGGCAGGGAGAAUAUGGUGACUGCUUUGACUCUACAUACAAUCAUUUGCAACAAAAAAUUUCCUUUGGGGAGAAACCACACCAAUGUGGGAAAUGUGGGAAAUACUUCAGUGCUGCCUCAAGCCUCACUGUACAUAAGAGAAUACAUACUGGAGAGAAACCUUACAAAUGUGGAGAAUGUGGCAAAUCCUUUAACCAUCGAUCAAAUCUUAGAACACACCAGAGAGUACACACUGGAGAAAGACCUUACAGUUGUAAGGACUGUGACAAGUCUUUUACUAUAUACUCAUAUCUUGCAGCACAUCAGAUAACUCAUACUGGAGAGAAACCCUACAAAUGUGCAGAAUGUGACAAAUCCUUUAUCCAGCGUUCAAAACUUAGAAUACAUGAGAGAGUCCACACUGGAGAGAGACCUUACAUGUGUAAGGAAUGUGACAAAUCUUUUACUAUGUACUCAUAUCUUGCAGCACAUCAGAUAAUCCAUACUGGAGAGAAACCCUACAAAUGCAAAGACUGUGACAUGUCCUUUCUCUGGAUUUCUACUCUUAGAAUACAUCAGAAAAUUCACACUGGAGAGAAACCUUACAAAUGCAAAGACUGUGACAUGUCCUUUAAUCGGUUUUCAAAUCUUAGAAGGCAUCACAAACUUCAUACUGGAGAGAAACCUUACAAAUGUGCAGAAUGUGAUAAGUUCUUUACCCACAAGUCAAAUCUUAGAACACAUAAGAGAGUUCACACUGGAGAGAGACCUUACAGUUGCAAGGAAUGUGACAAAUCCUUUACUAGGUGGUCCAACCUCAGAGCACAUGAGAAAAUUCAUACUGGAGAGAAACCCUACAAAUGCAAAGACUGUGACAUGUCCUAUAUCCACCUUUCCAGUCUUAGAAGACAUCAGAGAGUUCACACUGGAGAGAAAAAUACCAUUCUCAUAAUGUGACAUAGCAUUUUUUUUCAGUAUUCUCUGCUUAUAAAUCCCAACAGUCUACAUCAUGUGUUACGGGAUACAUUCUUGUAUACUAUGAAGAUGUGUCUUUGCCAAUGUACCAUCUAAUAGAUUUAAUAAAAAGCUGAAUGGCCAGUGGCUAGGCAGGAGAAAAUAGACAGAACUCAGAAGAGAGAGGAACUUGGAAUGAAUCUGGUGUGGUAGGAGAUGCUGGCAAGACAUGGGAGGAGUUCAACAUACAGAAUGGAGGAGAGGUAAAGAGCCAAUUGGCAAAACCAAGGUUAAUAGAACAUGUGUUACUUUAAGAUAUAAGAGCAGGUUGGGAACAAUCCUAAGCUCUAUAGAGGCCGGCCAAGUUUUCAUGAU